AUGAUUCUCUCUACCGGGCUCGCCAUUCUGUUCCUGGCGUCGACAGCUCAGGCUCAGACAGGACUAGGCCAAGCAUCAAACUUCGACAUAACCAAAGAAGUGGCUUCAUCAUACGGAUGUAAUGAGACAUGCCAAGAAAUUCUGGCCAUCACCAACGCAGUCGACCUUGAGACGCUCGGCACCGCAUUCGACUUUGACUUCUACGCAACGGCAGAUAAUUUCUCCACGUCGACUCCCGGGGACUUGCUAAAACUCAUGCCGAUCAACAGCUCUCAUCUAGAUGUCCCUGCUGGAAUGACUACUUUUCGGUUCCAAUAUACUUCUCGGGACCUCGAUGGAAGUCCUGUACCUUCGACUGGAUUCAUCGCAUUCCCAUUCGCAAAGCCUGCCCAGCAUCGAAGGAUCCCUCUUAUUGCGUACGCCCACGGUACUAUUGGUGUUUUUCGUGGCUGCGCGCCAUCGUCUUCUCCCAGCCUCUUCAACUAUGAUAGUUGGGCACCGCUCAUAUUCCGCGGGUACGCCAUGGUGGGAACCGACUACGCCGGCCUUGGCAACAACUUCACAUCACACAAAUAUACCAGCUUCACCGCCCAUGCAAACGAUUUGUAUUAUUCGGUACAGGCUGCCCGCAAAGCCUUUCCUGGAGUUUUCACCAAAGAAUGGAUGAGCGUGGGUCACUCUCAAGGAGGCACCGCGGUGUGGAAGCUCUCUGAGCAUCCUCUUGUGCAAAAUGCCAGCUCAGGAUAUCUUGGGACAGUUGCAGUAUCUCCGGCAGUCAAGCUCUACGACACUGUGAAAGUUGUCUUCGAUUCGAUUUUUCCUCGGCCGAAUUUUCAUCAAUUUGUCAUCACUGCCGAGAUGGGUAUGCUUGCAUACGGAGUCAGGCAAGCAUUUCCCAACUACACAGCACCAUGGAUCAGCGAAGCUAUGAAUAGGAGGAUCGGUCUUGCUAUUCUUGCACAGUCCUGUACUUCUGCAUUUAUGGGCAUGACGUUCGACUUGACACGGGAGGAACUCGUUGCGUCUGACGCAAACCCGGCGGCAGAUGAGACUCUGAAGCAAUUCCAAGCGAUCAAUGCGCCAGCACAGGGCGAUUCGGCUUCGCGGCCACUUCUACUUAUACAAGGCUGGAAUGACACCGCAGUACUCCCCGAAGACACUGCCGAGGCGUAUCAAAAGGCUGUCGCAGCAGGCAACGAAGUACACUUGCUCCGAUAUCCCGGACUCGAUCAUUCGGCGGCUCUAACUGCUUCAGCACCAGCGUGGCUGGAAUUUUUGGACAACCAGUUUGCCCGCAAGGGUGGACAUUGUGCAUCGACUGACAGAACAGUUGAACCCUUCGAUCUAGCCACGGCCAAAGCACCGUUAGAGCUUCUCUUGACCGAAGACCAGCUGUUGGGUCUUUCAGGGUAG